CUCGGCUUCUUCGUCUGGGGCUUCGGGGGCUCGGUCGGGCCCAGCGGCGGCGCGUCUCUGCCUCCGUGCCCGGCUUCCUGCAGCUGCGAUGGGGACGGCGGGGUCGACUGCUCCGGGCGAGGGCUCGCGGCCGUGCCCGAAGGACUCAGCGCGUUCACCCACUCCCUGGAUAUCAGUAUGAACAAUAUCACGAGGUUACCAGAGGAUGUAUUCAGGAAUUUGCCGUACCUUGAAGAGCUACGGCUGGCUGGCAAUGACCUUGCGUUUAUUCAUCCGAAGGCCUUGUCUGGGUUGAAGGAACUCAAAGUUCUCACUCUGCAGAACAACCAGCUGAAAACCGUUCCUAAUGAGGCAAUCAGGGGACUAAGUGGGCUACAAUCUUUGCGCUUAGAUGCUAACCACAUUACUGCUGUUCCAGAAGACAGUUUUGAGGGCCUGGUUCAGCUGCGCCACCUGUGGCUAGAUGAUAACAGCUUGACUGAAGUCCCGGUUGUUCCACUCAGCAACCUUCUAUCCCUGCAGGCCUUAACCUUGGCUCUCAAUAAAAUUACCAGCAUUCCUGACUUUGCAUUUACCAACCUUUCAAGUCUUGUUGUCCUGCAUCUCCAUAACAAUAAAAUAAAAACAUUGGGACAUCAUUGUUUUGAUGGCUUAAACAACCUGGAAACUUUGGAUUUAAACUAUAACAGCAUGGUAGAGUUUCCUAAAGCCAUAAAAACACUUCCAAGCCUAAAGGAGUUAGGAUUUCACAGUAAUUAUAUCACCAUGAUCCCUGACAGUGCAUUUGUUGGAAAUCCACUUCUGAGAACUAUACAUCUGUAUGAUAAUCCUUUGUCCUUUGUUGGGAACUCAGCUUUUCAGAACUUAUCAGAUCUGCAUUCCCUUGUCAUUCGUGGGGCCAGCAUGGUCCAGUCAUUUCCUAACUUAACAGGGACCACUAAUCUGGAGAGUCUGACUUUUACAGGCACCAAAAUUAACAGCAUUCCCAUCGAUCUCUGCCAGGAGCAAAAGAUGCUUCGAACUUUGGAUUUAUCUUAUAACAGCAUAAAACAGCUUCCAAGUUUUAAAGGCUGCAGUUCCUUGGAAGAAAUAUAUCUGCAGCAUAAUGGAAUUGAGGAAAUCAAAGAAGAGGUAUUCCAGGGUCUAACUUCUCUGCGUACCCUUGAUCUCAGCAGAAAUUUGAUCCACCGGAUCUAUGAAGCAGCGUUUACUUCGCUUGGUGCUAUUACCAAUCUAGACUUAAGUUUCAAUGCGUUGACCUCGUUUCCAACUGAAGGCCUGAGUGGGUUAAACCAGCUUAAACUUGUAGGCAACACAGAACUGCGAGAAGCCCUGACAGCAAAGGAUUUUGUGAAGCUUCGAUCGCUAUCUGUUCCAUACGCCUACCAGUGCUGCGCAUUCUGGGGCUGUGAUUCUUAUUUAAACUUUAAUACUGAAGAUUCCAACCACCAAGAUCAAAGCCUGUCAGUUGCUCAUGACCGUGGUGCAGCAGAUGACCUAAUCAAUGAAGAUAAUGAAGAACUUGGUCAGACAAUAAUACACUGUACCCCUACAACAGGUGCUUUCAAGCCUUGUGAAUAUUUACUAGGGAGCUGGAUGAUUCGCCUUACAGUCUGGUUUAUUUUUUUGGUCGCCUUGUCUUUCAACAUCCUUGUCAUGUUAACUAUAUUUGCUUCUUGCGUUUCUCUGCCUUCUUCCAAACUAUUCAUAGGCUUGAUUUCAAUGUCAAACUUACUUAUGGGGAUCUAUACUGGUAUAUUGACUUUCCUGGAUGCAGUCUCCUGGGGACGGUUUGCUGAAUUUGGCAUUUGGUGGGAGACUGGCAGUGGCUGCAAAAUUGCUGGGUUUUUGGCUAUCUUCUCUUCGGAAAGUGCCAUUUUUUUCCUCAUGUUAGCUGCCAUUGAAUGGAGCUUGUCUUCUCAGGAAAUAAUGAAGAAGGGUAAAAGUAAUCACCCAAAAAAGUUUCAAAUCACUGCCGUUUUUGCUGUCCUGUGUGCAUUGAUAGCAGGAUGUUUGCCACUGUUCCAUAAAGGGGAAUACUCCGCAUCACCACUCUGCCUGCCUUUUCCCACUGGAGAAACACCCUCUUUGGGCUUCACAGUUACCCUAGUACUCCUAAACUCAUUAGCCUUUCUGCUAAUGGCUGUUAUCUAUACCAAACUUUAUUGCACCUUGGAGAAGGAGGACCUAUCUGAGAACUCACAAGCCAGCAUGAUUAAACAUGUCGCUUGGCUGAUCUUCACUAACUGCAUCUUUUUCUGCCCUGUUGCAUUUUUCUCAUUCGCUCCACUGAUCACUGCAAUCUCUAUAAGCCCUGAAAUCAUGAAGUCUGUCACUCUGAUAUUUUUCCCACUUCCUGCUUGUUUGAAUCCGGUCUUGUAUGUUUUCUUCAACCCCAAAUUCAAGGAAGACUGGAAAUUGCUGCGGUGGCAUAUUACCAAGAAGAAUGGAACUGGGACAGUCACUGUUAAUACACAAGGCAGCUGUGGGACACAGGAUUUCUACUAUGACUGUGGCAUGUACACACAUCUGCAGGGUAAUCUUACAAUGUGUGAAUGUUGCGAAUCACUUCUUCUAUCCAAGCCUGUACCAUGUAAGCACUUAAUAAAGUCCCACAGUUGUCCAGCUCUGACAGUAGUGCCUUGCCAAAGGCCAGAUGGCUAUUGGUCUGAUUGUGGUACUCAAUCUGCCCAUUCUGAUUAUGCAGAUGAAGAAGAUUCUUUUGUAUCAGACAGUUCAGACCAAGUACAGGCCUGUGGACGUGCUUGCUUCUAUCAAAGCAGAGGCUUCCCUUUGGUUCGUUAUGCCUACAAUAUCCCAAGGAUUAAAGACUGAAAGGCUGUAUUGCGAACCAUACGCUUAAGAGGAGGACGCUUCAUAUACCAUGCCUGUUCUGUCCUUUUACCUGGAAGCACUUUUACAAUCAUCUUUUGAUGUUCAUAGUAAACAAGGGAUGUGGGCAGUAAAUAGCUAUACAUUUAAAGCAAGAACUAUUGCUCUUACUGUAAAUAAUUGGAAAACCAAAAUUUAUAACCUAGUUUUUUACUUCUUAGGCUGUGUUUUCAUAUUGUUAUCCAACUGUAAUUUACUACUUUGGUUGUGAAGUGAAUUCAGUCCACUUUUCCAUUUAAGCACAAUACAAGAAACAGCUGUUAUUAAGGAGUUAUUUUUAAAUGUGACUUUAUAUAGUUAAAAGGAAAAAAAAACCCUGUUGCUAACUUUUGUAUAGCAUUUCUGACUGAAUCUCAGGACACUUUACUGCAGGGCCAAAAGAAGGGAGUAUACUUCCCAUGUACAACUGUGAGUCAAAUACAGGCAAAAUAUACUAUAUUUUUCAUUUUCCAAGCUGUUGCUCAGUUUGAUUAGGAUAGAAAUUUUUAUUUCAGUAAAAGCUGUAUCGCCUUUCAUCAUGCACAGAUUCUAGAUGGACUGAUAUGAUAGAAGGAAACAUAUGAGUACUGUUUGAAAUCUUUGGGGUUUUGUGAGCAAACAUCAAAAUCAAGUUUACCAAACUUACAUUGGCCUGUAGCCCAAUGUGUAUUACUCCACUUACUAGAUCCCUAUAGAGCUUCACCGUAAGUGUGAUUCUGUGGUUGUUGUGUACACUAAGGGCAGCAUUGUGCAUAUGGUUCUGCAUAUUGGAUCUGACCUAUUCUCAUAAAGAAGAUGGAGAAUAUAUGCACAACACAUAAUGGAGGUUCCCUUCUACAUUGACAGAGCAUUUUUUAAUACAGAAGAGAAAUGAGUAGUCUCAUACUCUGUUCUCCCCCUUCACACACGCACACGCACACACACACAAACCCUUGAGUUCCUUGUACAUGUUGGACAGCCACUGAGUAUUGUUUUGUGCUCUGUAUGUUCAAAUAUGCGCAGGCUUGUUUGUGAUAACAAAAGACAGUAUAAAAGUCAUAGAGAUCUGCCUUGUGAAAUACAGUAUGUUAACAGCUGUGACAAAGUAGAAAGACACUGCAGAAAGGAAAUAGAGUGAAACCAUAUUACACAAUGACUUACAUAUUACACGGAAACAUAAAUAGACUUAGUGCAGUUUUACUUGUGCAAGAACUUGUGCAACAUAUAGUACCUUCCUCCCUAAAUAUCAUAGUACCCAUAAAUUGGUUGUGCAAGAUCUUGCACUAGUGCAAAUGCAAGUGGGGAUACAAUAUUAAACAGUCUUUUUCUUUCAUUUCUGUUUGCACAACACUAGCACAAGUGGAAAUUUUACACCAGAGCCAACCAACAACUUUGUAAUAGAAUAGAUCUGAGGAUAUAAAGUUGCUUUGGAAUAAAAGGCUGGUAUAUUAAAAGAAGUGUGAAAAACAAGAAUUUCUGCUUUCCUGCCAUUUUACAGACUGGGCAAAUGAACUUUUAUGAAAAUUAGGAGGAAAACAUUUGAACCUGAUACUUGAGGCUCUGACAUUUGGUAAUUACAUCGAUCUUUGUCAUCUCUCCUUAGUUUGAAAACUCACAGUGUAAAGUUAUAUAUGCAUGAUUAAGCUAGAUUUUAUAUUUCUUGAACAAAAUAUUAAAUAGCGGUUCCACUGCCAUAACAGUAAUUCUAGCACCUUUUUUUUGGGAAAAUUUUUUUAAAGCUAGAUUACAGUUACGAAAAUUUAAAUUGUACAUAGUGUGUAUAAAAUUAAUUUCUUGUUUUGUAAAUUAUUUGAUAGAAUACAAGAAUACAUGAUGGGAAAUGUGGCUUCAGUGCAUUUGUUAAUUAAAGCUACCUCCUGAAAUAUAGCAGCUGCCAGUAGCAGAUUGUUUUAAAUUGUGGUUUAUAUACUUUUUGCAUUGUAAAUAAACAUUGGUUGUACAUUGUUCUUGUAAUAAACCCCUGAAGCUUUGUAUAUCGAAAUUAUUUAGCUUGUAUAAAAUAUGGGAUGGCAUCAUUCUUGUAUAUUGUAAUUUUUAAAGCCCAAAUCAUUCACAGUAAAAUCAAAGGUAAU